UUUCCACAAAAGAUGGUUCCACGUGUUUUUUUUCCUUGGAUGGCAUCUUAAUCCCUGUCAAAAUCAGCCAGAGUAGGAGCAGUUUGCCUUUCUUAUCGGGGCCUCCGGCCAAACACCGGAGCCAGGAUAUAAGGAGCAGGGCCGGGAUUGGAGGCACAUUUUUCGUGAGCUCCCACCAUGAAGCUGCUCCUGCUCCUCGCCCUGGUUGGCCUGGCCCAGGGCUUCCAGACCAGGGUGCCCCUGAGGAAGAUGAAGUCACUGCGGCAGAGGCUGCAGGAGCAGGGAUUGCUGGAGAGUUACCUGGAGCAGCAUCCCUACAACCUGGCUGCCAAGUAUUUCCCAGGCAUCGCCAUGGAGCCCCUGGAGAACUAUAUGGAUGAUGAGUACUUUGGCACCAUCUCCAUUGGGACCCCACCCCAGGAAUUCACCGUGGUCUUCGACACCGGCUCCUCCAACCUCUGGGUUCCCUCGGUCUUCUGCUCCAGCCCAGCCUGCAGGAAUCACCACCGCUUCAAUCCUGCGGAAUCCUCCACGUUCCUCAGCACCAAUGACACCCUGUUCAUCGCCUAUGGCACGGGAAGCAUGACGGGAGUCCUGGGAUAUGACACCGUCAAUGUUGCUGGCAUCAACGUCCGCAACCAGAUUUUUGGGCUGGCUGAGACAGAGCCAGGGGAUUUCUUCUACUACACCCCCUUUGACGGCAUCCUGGGAUUGGCAUUCCCAAGCAUUGCCUCCUCUGGAGCCACCCCUGUCUUUGACAACAUGAUAAUGGAAAACCUCGUGGAUAGGAAUCUUUUUUCUGUCUACCUGAGCAGAGACCAAGGUGGGAGCUUUGUCCUCUUCGGUGCCAUCGAUCCCUACUACACCACUGAAGGCAUCUCCUGGAUCCCGCUCUCUGCUGAAACCUACUGGCAGAUCACCAUGGAGAGGGUCUCCAUCAGCGGGACUCCGGUGGCCUGUUCCUCGGGAUGCCAGGCCAUUGUGGAUACAGGAACCACUCUGUUGGCUGUUCCUAUCCGGGCCUUCCGGACCCUCAUGACGCGCCUUGGUGCCAGCUCCAGUGGUGAGAUCAGCUGUGAGGCCAUCAGCAACCUUCCCAACCUCAUCUUCCAUAUCAAUGGCAAAAAAUUCCCAGUGCCGCCCAGAGCCUACGUGUUAAGGAGUAAUGGGUACUGCACCCUGGCAUUGCAAGGCAUGGAUGUGCCCACGGAGGAGGGCGAGCUCUGGAUCCUGGGGGAUGUCUUUAUCCGGGAGUAUUACGUCAUCUUCGACAGGGCCAAUAACAAGGUGGGGCUGUCCCGGCUGCCCUGAGCUGGGAUGGGAAUCCCAGGUGUUCCCAACUCGGUGGCUGGCAGGGCUUGUCCCUUUCCCGGUGCUCCUGCCACCACCGAGGAUAAUAAAGGUGUGGAGAAGCCUC